CAUAAAAUAACCAUUAAAGAUAUUUAUGAUUAAGUGUGUGAUUUUGUUUUGUGUGGUAGACAUAAAAUAAGUGUGUGCUGAUCACGAGAUGGUUGGUCGGAUAUGGAAGUACUUAUUUUUGAUAGUUUUUUUUAACACCACAAUACUUUUUACAGAAGUCGCACCAUCAUUAGCUUUGGAAAUAUCGAAUUUUGCGAAACAUAUAGGAGCAGAAAAAACGCAGGCACGUUUUAAUCAUCUAGAAAAAUUUGAGGAAGAUGUUAGUGCAGACAAUUAUUUAAAUGUAUUAUCGGACAAUCUAGAAACGAAAAUUCGAAAAGCAUCAGAAAAACUUUCUGUUUUAAAAAGAAAGAUCGUUGAAAGAUAUGAUAAACAGAAUUUACAAUUACGAAAGCCAAACACGUGUUGUAAAAGUAACACGAAUCAGUAUCAAUCGUUUUGCGAUAUGAUUCCGUCGAAAACACCGUCAUGUGAAAAGGAAGAAUAUUUACUUUCUGACACAAUGAUUUCAGAUUUUAAAGAUGCUUAUGAAGAAGGGGUAAUUAAAAAGGUUUAUUAUGGGGAUGAAAAGAAUGGACAUUACGUACAGUAUCCCUCUCCAAAAAAUAAACCAACAUUGUGUCGAUGCUCAAAGUACGACCCACGAGUAAGGCCUUGGUACGCUGGUACAGUCACUCCAAACGAGGGUAAAGAAGUCGUGAUUGCUGUUGAUUUUAGUAAAAAUGGCGAAAGAGUAGCGCAAUUAUUGAAAGAUGUUACAAUUAUGUUGCUGCAAACAAUUAAUGCUAAAGAUAACGUCGUACUGUUACCAUUCAAAAAUUCAAGAGCUUCCAUAAUACCAGACAUUGUAUGUUCAACAAAACUUGUACCUGCCACACCAGCAAUCCUGUAUCGACUGAAAACAUUCUUGCAAACUGAAAACAAGUUUGAGGGUGAUAAUGAAUACGUGGCGAUGUUCAAAGACUCAUUUUCAAGAUUUUCAGAACCAAGAAGAAAAAAAGUAAUUUUGUUUGUAACCGCAACCACCGACCCGAAAAACGGUCAUGACGUCAUCCGGCGUACUAUUAUUAAAGAAAACCAACGCUACAACAACGAAGUUCUAAUACACAUCUAUUCGAUCACAGAAUCAGAAAUAAUUUCUGAUCGUCAAGUUAAACUCACGAAAUUCGCUGAGCAAGACUGUCAAAAUUUACUGUAUAAAAACUGCAAUGGUUCCUUUGCUAAGUAUCCCGGAAAACAUGUAAAUUUUAACACAAAGAUCGAGCGAGAUGAUCUACGAUCUCAUGUUGGAAGUUUGUAUAGCUCGUUGGUUGAUGUUGGAAAAGAUUUCAAUGAGAUGAAAUUUACUUUACCUUACUUCGAUUAUUUUGGAGCAGGAAAACUUGUCGAUGCAUGUUUGCCAAUGUACUCGACACUUAAUAAGAAAAAUCUGAUUGGUGUUGUAUGUGUUUCGUUUGGAAGCUCAGAACUACUAAAUGUGCGACUUAAUAACUUCAAAGAAUCAGUCAACACUUACGCAUUCUUAAUAGACGACCAAGGAACGACAUAUAUUCAUCCAAAGUACGAGGAACCAAUCCUACAUAAUGAGACAGCAUAUCUUAUACACAUUCAGCGUCUUGAAACAUCAAAAAACUUUCAAUCAAUGUUCAGUUCAAUGGUUAGAGGCGAUAAUGGUAAAGACACUGUCAUGGUGAAUGUGUCGAUACCUCGUGGAGAUGUUGAUGGUGGUGCAAAGCAAAUUGAAAAACAAUAUACGUAUACAUGGAAAAAGAUAAGAAAUUCGCUGUUCUCAUUGGCUGUUGUUGUAUCCAGAGAUUACAAAAGUCAUGCAGAACUGAGCACAAUACCACCAGCCACCAAUCAGAAGUCUUUAUAUCACCGGUUUAGUCUAAACAUAGAAGACGUGUGCAAACACUCGAAUGGCAUUGCUACUAUGAAAUCGUCAUCAAUACAUCUUUCGUCAGACACAUUCAUCUUUCCAGACACAUAUCAUAAAAUUGAAACGCAGCAAAUUAUAGCGGAACUGAUGCAUUAUUUUGAUGGUGGCAGUUUUUCUUAUAACCUAACAUAUUUUAUUCAGAGGAAAACUGCAGCAUCUCUCCGAAACUACGUUGCAGCCACCAAUCAUCUGGAUAUGUUUUGGAAGAACAUAUCUUACCUAGUUACAAAUGAUAUUUACUGGAGAUACAUUGGUUUACGAAAUGGAAUGUUCCGAAGUUUUCCUGGUCAUUUUAGUCGCCCGAAUUAUGAUCCGAGAAUCCGACCAUGGUAUAUCCUUGCAGCUGAUUCAGAUGAAGAGUUGGUAAUAACAGCACCAUACGAAGACUUCACAUCAAAGGAAAUUAUAGCUACCCUGGCUAAACGAAUAUACAUGAAUUCUUCCGAACGAAAGGAGAUAGCCGGAGUAAUGGGUAUCGAUUUAAGGCUGUCAUGGUUGCAAAACAAAGUUAAUGAAGAGAAUGGCUGUAAUUACCUUUCAGGGAGAUCAUGUAUGAUAAUGGAUAAAGGCGGUUUUCUAGUUUACCAUCCAGAGUUCUUAAAAAAAGGAAAAGAAAAAUCGGCUUUAGAAGAAUCUCAUAUAACACAAAAGGAACCUAACUUAGCAACAGACUUGAUCAAAGAAAAAAAAUUGACAAAGCAAUAUUGUCUCGGAUAUCAUAAAUUGAAACCUACCGAUGAAAUACCUGAAGCCCACACACAAAUGUUUUAUCAGUUUGUUGGUAUGGAGGGAACAAUAAAAUCUAACGAAGCUUCUUGUCUAACGUACGAGAUAACUUCAAUCAAUUCUACUAAUCUCUUUCUAGUCAAGCUGGAAGAUGCUUGCAGUAGUAAAGAGACUUGCCAUUGCAAAAAUGGACUAGCUAAAAGGAAAAGUACUAAAAUAUGUCGUGAAAAUUACUGGAACAGAGUAGAAAAGGAUUGUGAAUGUCCUUGCUACUAUUUUUAUCCGUGUACAAGUAAACUUGAAAAAAGCAAUGACAUGAUGCUCUGCCAGUCUCCAAAUUUUCGACCGUUUGUUGACUUUUCUGACCUCAAUCAGUGGCAACAAAAUUCAGACAACUUAGAGAGAUGCAUUGAUCCAAAGUGUAAUUACAGCAGGACGAGGGAGGAUUGCAAACGAAGUGGUUGUGUCAUUUGCGAGAAAGACAAGGAUAAGGUAAAUUUAAAAAAGUGGUAUUGUUCCGCGGAACAUUUGUGCCCAGGAGGCAUAGAGAAAGGGGAUGAAAUUACGUACAAGGAAACAAAUGGAAAUAACGUAAACACAAGCUGGUACAUCUCAAGUGGUGUGUUGGGAGUCUUGUUUUUUAUUGCAAUUGCAACAUUUGUUUAUAAAAUAACAAGAAGAAAAAAGGAAGAACAUGUUGAUGAUUUUGUUGAAAUUCAUGAAAAUAACAAUAUAGAUCCUAAUGACACACAUGCGGUGUGACUGAUGAUGAAUUGAAUAAUGGCAGUGAAAAAAUAAAUUAUUGAAUGAAAAUAAGUUAUUUUUAAUCGGAUAUAAAAAAUGACAUUGUUAUUGCUCCAUAAAGCACUAAAUUUUUUAAAAAAAUGUAGAAGCAUAGAUAGGCAAAAUUGCUUUUAAAUUUAUGUGUUACAAAAACCAAGUUGUGUAUAUAUUAUAUGUUUAAAGUAUUUAAUGUAUUAACACUAAAUUUUA